GACGUCUUUUCCCAUUUUCUUAAAUAUACAACAAAAUAACGUCAUUAUCGAUAGUCUUUAAUAACGUCUUAUCUUGUUACGUAACUAUUUUUUUGUUUGUAGCGAAUAACAACGCUGCUUGAAGCGGCUGAUCACAAACAAAGUGUUUUGAGUUCCGAGGGUCUUUGAACAUAGCACCAGGUUUUCACACACGAAGAUGAAAUCGUAACUCUCAUUUUAAAUCUGCUAUAUGUUUAAAAUUGCGUAUUGAAGCGAGUGUUUAGUUAAACAUAAUCAGAUAUAGGACGUCAUUGAAACUUUUCGAGUUGGUCCCGAGCUAAAGCUGACUAAAGGUACGUAGCUAACAAGCUAACUCGUGCGUCAUCACCUGCCAGUGUUUUGUGGCAUUUCAUUCUAGGGAAAGUAGAGAGAUGUGUGUCAAGUAACAGCAGCCGACAUAAAUAAGCCUUAUAUGUUAUUAUAGGGGUUAGCGUAAACUUAUUCAAGCUUUUAAGGCCAAGUAAACACACAGAUUCUGUUCUCAAAAGUAGACAGUAUUAGUCAGGUUUGUGUACAUUAUGAUCAUAAGAUCAAUGUCAUUUUUUCGUCUUGGGAGAAAAAUCCACCAUACAGACAGGAAUCCAGUCCUAUUUAAUUUCUAAACGAUGUCAAAUUAAUUAAUUGAUAAAAGAAGAAACACAUUAAUUUGUGUUAAAACUAAGGAAUGUAUCUGUUAUGAAAAUAUAUUAUUUUUUAUGAUUUGGAGAUAGAGUAUGUUUCACUCAGUUGUGUGUUUGUGCUGUUUUAUUACAGAUUCCAUCUUGUUGUAUUUAAUUUCUGAACCAGAAUGGCUCCAGGGAUACCAGAUGAGGUGAUGAUGGACGGUGCUCUGAUAAAACAACUGGCAGAAGUGGCAAAAGAUGAAGCGCUCCGGCUGGGAAUUUUAAUGAGGACCAAGGAGAGCCCAAACUCAUCUGAGGUUGUGACCUACGCUCCGUUCACUCUCUUCCCUUCGCCUGUUCCCAAAGCCGUGUUCCUUCAGGCUCUUGCGGUGCAAACUCACUACAACACACUGGUGGAUCGAAUCAGUCAAGACGCAGACUUCCUGCAAGAGGCUUUAGCCAGCACUGUUGAAGUGGACGAUUUCACUGCAAGGCUGUUCAAGAUUCACCAGCAAAUCCUGAAAGAAGGAGGGUCCCGGUCCGUCGUGUUGGGUGUCAAUCGCUCCGACUACAUGCUGGACCAGAGAGAAGAUCAGGCGUCUUCUCUAAAGCAAAUCGAGAUAAACACGAUCGCUGCGAGUUUUGGAGGCCUCUCGUCACAGACACCAGAUGUACACAAACUCAUAUUGAAGAUGGCCACCAGGCUGGAGGAGAGUCGGCUCAUCCUGGACAACAACCCUGCAGCUGGUCUGGCCAGAGGCGUGGCCAAAGCCUGGGAGCUUUAUGGAUCAGAAAGAGCGGCUGUCAUGUUCUUGGUGGAGGAGACCCAAACAAACAUUUUUGAUCAGCGCUACGUUGAGAGUGAACUGUGGAAAAGGAACAUUCCCACAAUCAGAAAGCGGUUUGAUGAUGUCGCAAAAACAGGAUCUCUUGAUCAGGACCAGAGGCUGUUUGUUGAUGGCACAGAGGUUUCUGUGGUAUACUUCAGGAAUGGCUACAUGCCACAGAACUACAUUUCUGAACAGUGCUGGGACGCCCGUCUGAUGAUGGAGCGCUCUCUGGCCGCCAAGUGCCCAGAUAUCCACACCCACCUGGUGGGAACCAAGAAGGUCCAACAGGUUCUGGCCAGACCUGGAGUUCUGGAGAGGUUUUUCCCAGACCAGCCCGAGGUGGUGGAGCAGAUCAGGGCGACGUUUGCCGGCCUCUACACCCUGGAUUUGGGACCAGAGGGUGAUAAAACCGUAGCCAUGGCUUUGACAGAACCGGACCGGUUUGUUCUGAAACCUCAACGUGAAGGAGGAGGAAACAACCUGUACGGGUCAGAGCUCAUCCAGGAGCUGAAUAGAGUGAAGGGCGGCUCCGAGCGAACGGCCUACAUACUGAUGGAUAAAAUCGUUCCCGCUCCCGUGCAGAACUAUCUACUGAGGCGAGACGCCCCCCUGAAACUCAGCAGCUGUGUCAGUGAGCUGGGAGCGUUCGGCGUGUACGUGAGGCAGGGGGAGGACAUGCUGAUGAAUGAGUGCGUGGGUCACCUGCUGAGAACCAAGAGUGUCGAACAUUCAGACGGUGGCGUGGCGUCCGGCGUGGCCGUGUUGGACAAUCCUCUGCUGGUCUGACAGCUCAGAACCUGCGGGAACCAAACGACAAACGUGUCGCGCUGACAGAUGGACUUUUUCUCUAAUCGUAUCAAACGUAGCUUUUACUCCAAACAUUUUCUACGAUUGACACAGAUGAUGUCGAGGUAAUUAGAUUUAAACCAGGCAGGUGAUUAAAACACAUUUUUUGUGACUCAUCACAUCAAAUCAGAGAUUAGUUUAAAACUAAAUGAAAACCACAGCAGCCCGUUUUUUUAUUAUUAUUAUGAUAUCAUAUUUAAACCUAAUUUAUUCUCAUGUGACCUGAGCUGAUUGAAACUGUGAACUGUAGCAGUUUGCACCUCAGGGCUCAGGCUUUGUUUCUGACACUAAAUCUCAACAGGUUCUUGAUAUAAAAUAUUCAGCUGCUCUGAGUUGCAGGAGUCUCACAGACUUUUAUUCUUGAAGAAUUGUUAGAAAGCAUUUAAAUUCAAAUCCAUCGUGAUGACUGAAGUUACAUCAAGAAUCCUGUAAAAUAAUGGAGAUUAAGUGCCCUUAAAAUGCAUCAAGAUAUUACAUGUUGUUUGCUGUUUCUCUUUUUAUUACGGCCAAUUAGACAGUGGCAAAACACAAGCAUCAAAGUGCAGAAUUAGUUUGAAAGGACAAAAGUGUGUAACUUUAUUUUAUUUAACCAAGUCAUGAUAAAACAGUGCAGAAUAAAAAAACUGUCUUUAUUUUAUUUUAUUUAUCCAUAAAGGAAUUACAAUUUAAAAUAAAUUAAAUUGAUUAAGAUUUACCAUGGAACUGUACAAAUCAUAACCAGCACAAUAUUCUUAAAAAAUGCUUUGUAAUGUGAUUUGAUGAGGAAGAAACCUGGUUAAAGUGCUUCUCUGGGGACCAAAAAUAAAUGAAUAAAUCUAUGUAAAUGUGUGUAAAACUGUUUAUUUCAUUGCAGAGCACUAAGCAUAUUUUAGAAAAACGAUGCAUGACAUUGUAUGAUUUAUCAUAAAACAGAUUGAAAGAAAAUGAAUAAAUGUACAUUAUAUUUGCAUCUACCUGCAGUUACAUACGUCAACCACCAGGUGGCAGCAAAACUCUUCCACACUGUUGAAAACAAGCGGUUCAUUCAAGUCAAUCUUAGGUCCAUGGAUGCCUCAUAAAAGACUGCCACCAACAGGUGAAGGUGGACAACAUAUUUGUGUUUUUUUUCUGUUAGCAAAAUAUCUAAUAAACCACAGCAUGAAAUUUUA